UAAAUAUGUGAGAAGUGAGUUUUAAAGUGGUAAAGACGGUCGAAGAGAUGGACUCGGAAAUGGAGAUACAGAACUUUUUCAAUUGCACUCAACACAUUCUCGGCCGCGACACAUCGUGGGAGAAUCUCAAUGUGUCGCAGUUGUUGGAUUUAUUGCCCAAGCAGUUACUGGAGGAUGUUAAUUUGAAAGUAACACUCGGCAACUGUAUGGGGCUAGGCAGAAGGCCAUACAGCCCGCCAUGGUGGGGACAGUUCGCCUGGUUCAUUGUAUUCGCAGUAAUGCUUUUACUUGCGAUUAUCGGAAAUACAUUAGUUAUUUGGAUAGUACUAGCCCAUCGACGGAUGAGAACCGUGACGAACUGUUUCCUGGUUAAUUUGGCUGUUGCGGAUCUUCUAAUGGCAACAUUGAAUGGAGCUCCGAAUUUUGUCUUUUUGGUGACAGCCAAUUGGCCAUUUGGUUCAGUUACCUGCAGAGCGAGUAACUUCACGGCUAACUUGACAGUAUCUGCAGGCGUUUUCACUCUUGUAGCCAUCACUGUCGAUAGAUACGUCGCUAUAGUGAAACCCUUACAUCAUAGGCUUAGCAGAAGAGUCGCUCGCGCCGUACUAUUCAGUGUGUGGUGUUCUAGCAUUCUGCUAGCCUUACCUACCCUGAUAUAUUCAGAUACCUACACCAAAAAAUACAUAAAUGGUGAGCGUGAGAUAUGUUUUAUCAAAUGGCCCGACGGCAGUUACCCUACAUCUAAGACAGAUUACUGCUACAACUUAGUGUUCUUAUCUGUGACGUAUGUGGUCCCUAUGUCUGUGAUGGUGUGGGCGUAUGCACAAAUGAGCUCUGCGCUGAGAGGGCAUGGCAUCGGCGAAUGUACGCAUCAUCAGAUGCAGAUAGUUCGAGCUAAAAAAAAGGUGGUGCGUAUGUUUGUGCUCGUCGUAGUGGUUUUCGGAAUGUGCUGGUUACCGUACCACGCGUACUUUGUACUUGUGUACCAUCACCAGUCCUUAGCCUCCGCUCCAUUUGCCCAGCACAUCUACCUGGGCUUCUACUGGCUAGCUAUGGCUAAUUCUAUGUUCAAUCCUCUGAUUUACUAUUGGAUGAGUAACAAGUUUCGUGUUUAUUUUCGAAUGGCACUUUGUUUGUGCCGGUCUGUGAAAAAUUCGACGCCUGAUCAAUUAACAAAACAAUUCGAAUUGAACAAAUCUUUCUCUGUGAGCCAGAGACAUUUCCACGGGACGUCAUCCUGUUCGCGGGCCUGACACUCGGACAGACGGUGCAGACUCUCCCGCUCGAUGCCGCUACACGAUGAGUCAAAGCCUAGUCAGACAAAUGGAAACGUGGUGAGGAUACACGCGAACGGUACAAGAAGUAACGGCGUAAGAAAUUACCACGAGCUCGAAGAUAAAUUGUAGACUUAAGAAAACUUCAAGGUUAUAAUGUAACUUUGUACAGAUAAC